AUGACCCAAAGACAACAAACGUGGCUAAUAACCGGCUCCUCCUCCGGCCUCGGCGCCUCCCUCGCCAUCGCCGCCCUAAAAGCAGGCCACAAAGUCCUCGCCACAGCGCGCAACCCCACCACCGCAUCAGCCCAAAACCCCCAAAUCACCUCCCUGGGAGGAAUCUGGAUCUCCCUCGACGUGAACGACCCUUCCACCCCCAACAAGAUCCAAUCAGCCAUCAACACGCACGCCGACGGCAUCAUCGACGUAGUCGUCAACAACGCAGGUUACUCCCUCCUAGGAAGUAUCGAGGACAUGAGCGAAUCGGAGAUUGAAUCCCAAUUCAGUACGAAUGUGUAUGGGCCGAUACGGGUGUUGAAAGGUGUAUUGCCUUUCAUGAGAAAGAGGAGGGCAGGCACGGUCGUCAAUAUUAGUAGUAGUGCGGGUGUGGAUGGGGCGCCGGGGUGUGCGGUUUAUGCGGGGUCGAAGUUUGCGUUGGAAGGUAUGACAGAGUCUCUAUCGAAAGAACUCCGUCCCUUUGGGAUCCGCGUCCUGCUUGUUGAACCGGGGUAUUUUCGGACCAAGUUCUUCAGUGCGUUUGUGCAGCCUGCUGCGGGGCUUACUGAGGAUUAUGUGGGGACGCCGGUGGAGGCGGCGCUGAAGUUGAUUAAGUCGAAGGAUGGGAAUCAGGAGGGGGAUCCGGAGAAGGCGGCGCUGAGGAUUCUGGAGGUGGUGAUGGGGACGGGGAUGGCUGCUGAUAUUACUGACAAGGGGUUUCUGAGGGUGGUGUUGGGGCCGGAUUGUUGGAAGAGGUUUUCGGGGAAGAUUGACGGGGUGAGGGAGAAUUUGGAGGCGAUGAGGGAGAUUGCGCAUUCGACUAGUUUUGAGGAGUAG